AUGUAUGGUAACUACGGCGUAUUGGAGUUCAAUGAAUAUGCAGAUAGAGUUACAGCUUAUCUGUAUGUAGAUAGAGAUUUAUCUACGCAGCUUAGUUCUUAUAUGGAGGCUGCAAAUAAACUUAAUUGCAAAAAUCAAUGUUUGGAAACUAGCAUAAUAUUUAAUAAUGGCAACCUAUGGCUGGUGGUUAGGUGGGUCACAGAAAAGAAAAAAUCUAAUUUGGACUCUGAGGGGUUUGUGGAAGAGGUAUUCAUUGAAGAAAAUAGUGAAUCUAAUUUGGAGAAACCAUUGUGUUCAGAUUUAAAGAUUGUUUUAAAGCUUCCAAAUCGUCUUCAAGUGAAAGAUGUUUUAUCUGUUAGUUAUUACCAUGAAAAUAUAGUAGGUAUGAUUUCAAAAGAACUUAAGUCCAAUAUCCAAGAAAUUACUUCAACUUUGUUUUCAAGAGUUGUUUUAAGUUUAAAAAGCAAACUAUCUUUAUUAACCAUAUCUACGUUGGUUACAGACCUAAACUGGGAUCAAUCAGGUGAAUUACCUGUUAUUGAGGAGGAUGAGUCGAUUUGUUUGGAUUUCGAGACAAGUCUAUUAAAUCGUUUAGCAACUAAAAAUCACGAAACUCACGAAAAACUAACAAAUAAAUUGAAUCUAUACUGUAAAAGAUGUAACAACUUGAUUUCAGGAUAUUCCGAAAACUGGAUAACUGCUCCUCUUCCAACUGAAAUGCUUAUCCAUGGAUCGGAAAUGCUUACAUGUGAUAACUGCUGUCCAUUGCUUUCAACAGAAUCUGGAAAUUCCAGUCAUUGUGAUUUUGGAGCCAGGCCAAAUUGGAUCUGUCUGGGGCAAUAUCAUAUUUCUGUUAAUCUAAGUAAUGCUUGUUUGGACCAUUUGAUUAUUAGACAUGAAUCAGGCCUUGAGAAGACUGUAGAAACUUUCUUUAUAAAUGACAUUAACAAUGUUUACUAUUACAGCCAGAAAGCUUUCCAUUCAAUUUUUUGCAAAUAUUGUGGGGCUAAUCUUGGUUGGAAGAAUGACAAGGAUAACUAUCUCAAUUUUUGGAAGUCAAAAAUUUUACUUAAUGUUGUUUCAGAGGAAAGAGUUGUGUUAUCUCUUUUUGCAAACUAUCCCAUUAUUUCUCUUGUUAUACAUUAUAUUGAAAAGUACUUAAAGCAAUAUUCAAAGUUAUAUAUUAUUGAAUCAAACAAAAGAGAAGAUGGUAAAAACUGUAAAGACAAUAUUAACAAGAACAAAGGUCUCAUAUCUUUAUAUAUAGUUAAGAAGAAUGUUAUUAAGCUAAAGACUCCGCUCUUUAUUGGCAAAUCUUACAAUGAGAUUGAGUCUCAAACUAGCUUCUCUAGCAAAAGACCAGUUUUAUACAGUUCUAUCAAAAUAUCCUAUGACUUGUAUACUGAUGGUGUUAUUAAAAAUGACGAGCAUCAAAUUCAUCUCGAAGAAGAACAAUUUUGUUAUUUAGUUAGAAUUGUCCAAAAAAACAAUAUGUUUAAUAAAAACUCCUACUUUGGGAUUCCGAUUUUGUCUAGUGAUUUAGUGUAA